CACAAGGAACCUCAUUCUGAGACAUCAGUGUACAGAGAACUUCUGGGGAGGACAAAAGGAUUCCUGUUCUAGGAAUGUUCCUUCAAAUCCUGGCUCCCACUGCCCCUAACAUGCUCUGGGCCAUCGCGACAGCAUGGAUGACAGCCUUCUGCCCUGUUGUGGGGCCUCCUCUCUCCCUGUUUUUCUCUCCAGCUCCUCUCUGCCCCCUUGACUGACCUCGGGGCGGUUGUUAUCCUUUUCAGUACAGAGAGUUUGCUGACCAGCUCUUGGAGGCCUUCAGGAAGCUUCCCAAUGAAGCUGCUCAUCGUCGUCGCAAGGCGACAGCCCCUGCCAACGAGGGCGGCUCCCUUUCUGGGUCACAUGCAGGGGCUUUGGGGGUGAACAGAAUGACACUGCUUACGGUCUCCAGUCUCGGAAUGGCAGGCAAUCACGCUGAUUCGUGAAACAGUGCUGCAAACAAGAGGCCUGUGGUCCCCAGGAGGUGAUCUCCCAGCUGAGAGAUGAAGGACGGAAAGGCAUUAACUGGUUGAAAAGCCGAAGUGUUGGGGCCGAGAGGAUGUACUCCUGAUGCCGAGAAUGGGGUGUGCAAAGGCCCUGUGGUAGAAGGAAGCAGAGUUGCUGGGAAGAGGAAGCCGGAACUCAGAGAGUACAAGGGCACAUGGUCGCAAGUUUAGCUGGAGAAAUGAAGAGGCCUGACCAGCUCUGGCUAAGACUUCCAGGACAGUAUCGACAAGAUAUGAUGAUGAAGAGCAUUCUUGUCUGGUUCCUGUUCACAAGGACUGAGAAUGCUUAAGGCUGCGUGUAGCCAAAGGAUUCCCGGGGUGUGGGACUCCUGGUGGCAGUUGCAGGCGGAUGACCCCAAACAAACGCAGCAGACAAAUCCAGUUCCUUCAAGAUACCCAUUUCCAUCCCCGCCUCACAUCACGAGGUCUGGAAGUGCCGCGGUUGCCGGCAGCGUCUAGCUGCCAACUUUUCGCCUGGAUCUAUCUCCUCAUCUCUCCAGACGCCUCAGGCCGAAGCCCUCGGGGUAUGUAACAGCCAUGCCUAUGGACACGCUGGCCUCUGGAUCCCCCGCCGCCCCGGCCCUACCUUUCCGCUUGCGGACCAAGGUCCCCGGCUACCUGGGGAGACGGCCAGCAGAUGGUGGCGCUCGGAAACCCAGCGCCGUGGAGCGCCUGGAGGCGGACAAAGCCAAGUAUGUCAAGAGCCUGCAUGUGGCCACCACCCGCCAAGAACCUGUGCAGCCCCUGCUGUCCAAGCAGCCCCUCUUCAGCCCCGGGACUCGCCGCACAGUGCUCACACCUAGCCGCCGAGCCCUGCCUGGCCCUGGACGCCGGCCCCAGCUGGACCUGGACAUCCUUAGCAGCCUCAUCAACUUGUGUGACAGCCCUGUGUCUCCUGCUGAGGCCAGCCGCCCCCCCGGGCGGGCAGACGGCCCCCGGCAGGACCUCCCAGCGACCCCUCCACGUCCAUCCCUUAGCACAGCUGCAGUCCGCAGGGUGGACGUCCGCCCCCUGCCUGCCUGCUCUGCCCAGCCCUGCCCAUCGCCAGGCAGCGCCGCUGCCUCCAGCCCUGCCCGGCCUCCGGGUUUGCAGCGCUGCAAGUCAGACCUGAGUGAGCGCCUCUCCAGGGCAGCCGCUGACUUGGAGCGCUUCUUUAACUUCUGUGGCCUGGACCCCGAGGAGGCUCGGGGUCUGGGCGUGGCCCACCUGGCUCGGGCCAGCUCGGACAUCGUGUCCCUGGCUGGACCCAGCGCUGGGCCAGGCAGCUCUGAUGGGGGCUGCUCCCGCCGGAGCUCUGCCACUGCCGAGGACCGAACCCGCGACCGCGUCCCCUAUGGCGUGUCAGUCAUAGAACGCAACGCCCGAGUGAUCAAGUGGCUGUACGGGUUGCGCCAAGCCCGGGAGAGCUCGGCAGUCGAGUGCUAGGCCCCCGGACCAGGCAUUUGCCACAGGACAGAUCCUCCACCCCUCCUCCACGUGCUCCUGCUCCCAGUGAACUUGUUACCAGGGAAGGCCCGGAGGCGGGACCAGCAUCCCUCUGACAAGGACAGACCUUGGGGAAGGUUCCCUCUGGACCUUGGGCCACUCCUGCGACUCAAAAUAUGAGGGGUUUUGUUUGUUUGUUUGUUGACCUGUCUAUACUCUUGCUCUGUUGGUCCACUGGGGCUGGAUUUGGGGCACUUAGCCCUCCCUACCAAGAGCAAGGAGGCAUGGCAUCUCACUGUGCCUGUGCCCAUCUGCCCACAGGCUUGGUUUCCCUCUUCCUUGAUCUCUGUCAUUGUCCACUGACUUCCUCUUCCUUACCCCCUGGGUCCUGGCUCCCUGGGCACUCGCCUUGAGUGGGGGCAGGGAGGAGUGGCCUGUCUACUGUUCUCCAGGGUCCUUAGCAGUUAGGCCCAGGUGGGUCGACUGCCGGAGGGACUGGCUUGGAAUGGGCACCGUUCUGACUUCCCUCCCUUUGGUUAAUAAACACAAAAAUGCUUGUUUUUAAUCAAGA